GCCUACAGAUGCAUGUACGUGGUGCUCAUCAUGGCGAUAUUCUGGGUGUUGGAGCUGCUGCCUCUGCCGGUCACCUCCAUGCUGCCGAUCGUCCUCUUCCCCACCAUGGGAAUACUGAACUCGGACCAGACCUGUGCUGCUUAUAUGAAGGAGACAAACAUGAUGUUCAUGGGCGGGCUUAUGAUAGCGGCUGGCGUCCAGCAUUCCAAGCUUCCGAAGCGAGUGGCGCUGUGGACUGUCCAGGUGGUGGGCUGCUCGCAUAGGAGGUUCUUAAAGUCCCAACAGAAGCAGGCGCCAAUUCCCAGCAACAUAACCAUCUGCUACUACCUGAGCAUCGCCUACGCUUCGACACUCGGCGGCUGCGGCACUUUAGUGGGAACCGCCACUAACUCCGCCUUCAAGGGGAUAUUUGAUUCGGCGCCCAUUCCCAGCAACAUAACCAUCUGUUACUACCUGAGCAUCGCCUACGCUUCGACGCUCGGCGGCUGCGGCACUUUAGUGGGAACCGCCACUAACUCCGCCUUCAAGGGGAUAUUUGAUUCCGAGUUCCCUGAAUACGGUCCAUCAGUGAACUUCUUCUGGUUCAUGGCGUACAGCACUCCGCCCAUGCUGAUCAUGCAGCUUCUGGUCUGGGUCGCGCUACAGGUCACUUUUAUGGGCAUGUUCAGGCCAAACAGCGAAGCGGCCAAGAAAGUGGCGCUAGCGUCGUCAGGCUCCUCCACCACCAUGAAGGUCAUCAAGGAGCAGUACAGGAACCUGGGACCCAUCACCUUCCACGAGAGGUCGUCCGGUCUGCUGUUCAUCUUCGCUGUGUUCCUGUACAUCUUCAGAAAACCAGGAUUCAUGCGGGGCUGGGCUGACGUCAUGACGGACUUGAAAGUAAAGGACGGUGUGACAUCAAUGUUCAUAGUGGUGCUGAUGUUCAUCAUUCCCAUGUCCAUGGACUUCAUGAAGUUCUUCUGGUCUUCUAGCUCUUACGAAGAGUUGGCAGCGUCUAAGCCAUCCCCUGGUAUUGUUACUUGGGCGAUUCUGAAGGACAAAGUCCCAUGGGGACUUCUCUUCUUGUUGGGCGGAGGCUUCGCCCUAGCCGAGGGCAGCAAGGCCACCGGCCUGUCCUCCAUGAUCGGUAGCUCCCUCCACGGCCUCCAUGGUCUACCGCAUUCCUUAGUACUGCUGGUGGUUGUCCUGGUGACGCAGUUCAUCACGGAGUUCACGUCUAAUGUGGCCAUCGCUAAUCUGAUACUGCCCGUGUUGGCUAAUAUGUCGCGCGCACUAGACAUGGACCCGCGCUACCUGAUGGUGCCUGCCACGCUGGCCUGCUCCAUGGCCUUCCACAUGCCCGUGGGAACGCCGCCCAACGCUAUCGUGGCUGGAGUGGCACACAUCCCUACCGCUAGGAUGGCUGUCGGAGGUAUCGGCCCGAAAAUCAUCACUACCCUCAUCGUAUGGGGCGCUUACCCCACAUGGGGAUCUUACAUAUUCCAGCCCCUCCAAAACGCUUCCAACGCCACAGCCUUGGCCAGUGUUGCCAACGCUACAUCAUUAGUUGCGAACGAUACAAUCGCAAAUACUACCUUCAAACCGCUGCUUCUUCAAGAAUUGGCUCUCAACUGCAGCGCUACCUUGGGUUCUUUGACCAAAAACGGAAGAUUCAGGUGUGACGUUUCAAACGACAUCGGAAACAGCACAGCACUAGCGUCGAUAGCGAAAGGUAUCUUCUCAUGUGACUAUAUUAGUAAGCGUUAAACGCCAAUAGGUCAAUCUAGGUAAUCCGCCAUUUUGUGCUCGCCACUGUGAUUUUGAAACUGAAGUUUUUUGAGGAUGUGCUCCUCUAAUGUAGAUAUACUUACCUACUUGUAUUCACAAGUAAACUAAAAAUGCAGGCAACAUUAGUGAGUUGCCAGUACCAAAAUAACUGGGUGUCGCCAUUUCAACUGUCAGUUUGACAGCUAAGGAACAUAAUCUGUAUUUAUUCGCAAUAAUCCUGCCAUUAUAAAGCAUUUGCAACGUAAUGGUCAGUGUUUCGGUGUACAGUGCUGAUGGAAUUGAAUCUAGUUAGUGCCAUAAAUUAGAACAAUUAAUAUGCACAAAUAUAUUUGAAAAAUAUUGAUAACUAUAAAACUUUAUAUAAAAUCGCAGCAUAUUUGUAUAGUAGUUUCUAUCAACGAUUUAAAAUAAUAUAUUUUAUAUAAAUAAACUAUGUAUUACAGUUUAUAAUAUCGAAACAUGGGCCCUACAAAGCAUUUAAUAUACCUACAUAAUAUAUUUCACUGAAAAGGCAUCCCACCAUCUUUUCAGUGAUAUAUUUUACCAAAUAAUUAUAUGUAUAAGUUAUAUAUUGCAUAUAAAUAUAGCGGGAAAGCGGGUGUGGCUUAAUAAUAAACAAAUAUAUAUUAUAACUAAUAAUAUGUAAAUUAAUUGUAGUGUUUAUUAAAGUAUAAUUAUAUUUUCGUUAUGAUAGUUUUUGUUCUAAAAAUAUUUUGUCUACUUAUUAUGUUAUGUUUAAAAUUUUAUUACAAAAGUAUAAAAAUAUCAGAAUCCAAAAAACUAUGGAUACCUAUUACUUCCAAAAUUUAUUCAUGUCACAAAAUUGAGAAAAAUAAUCUAAGCAAACAUUGAUAUAUUUAAAGAUUGCUGUAUUAUAUUGCUAAGCUAUUAAGUGUAUAAGGUUUCAUAAUUUCAAUUUGCAGAAUAUGGUUCCAUACCAAUUUCUUAAGUUGUUGGUACGUAUUAAUUUAUUUGGGUAUGCGAGAGAACAGUGAUAUUUUUUCUGUUAUUUAUAUAACUUGCAUAAGUGUUUCGUAUAUUUAUAUUUCUGGGCUGUUUGUGGAAUUUAAAUUUUGUUCAUUGGUAUGAAUGCCACCAGUUGUAAACCCAGUAACAGUUAAAAGGAAACAUUUUACCAAAGAAAACGAUAUUUUUUAUUAUAGAAUUUGUAAAAUUUAUAUGAACGAACCAGAAAUGUAAAGAAUGCGUAAAAUCAAAACAAAAUACACUACAAGCAACAGAUUUUUAUUUCAAUGUGUGCAAAACUGUAAUUUAUCUAUGGAAUGAAAGAUUCGCUUGAAUGUAUUGAAAGUUGUGGAUUGUGAUUUUAGAAGUCGAGAUGGUAUAAUACUGUAUGGGUUUUUGUUAGUCCAGUAGUUUAAAAUGGUGUAGUUUACCAUGACAGUGUGCCUUAAAACUUGGUGAUGAUAUUUCAUUUUAGCAAUCUGUAUAAUUAUAUUUUUUAGUUUUUGUGUCUACUGAAAAUUAUACAUUUUGAACUUAUGAUUAUCUGAAAACAGCACUCAUAUUUUUUUAAUAUAUUAUGAUACAAAUGCCCAUAUAUAAGUUAUAUAAAUCGUGUAUAAGUAAAUCAUAGAUGGGAAGUGCAAAUUAGAUUUAAUGACAUAAAGAACACUAAUAAUGAUUUCAUGGUGAAGAUGCUAUUAAUUUUUGUCAAAAUAGAAAAAUACACGUACCUCACGACACAUUGAACACAGUAUCCGAUUUGGACUGGUAGAAAAGACUGGUGUACAAAAUAUUUUAUUGGUCAAUAGCCAAACAAAAUGUUUAAUACAACAAACAAUUUAAUAAACUGUAUUAAAUUCUUAGAUAGAAACCGAACCUUAUAUUUCGAAGAAAUUCUAAUUCAUAUAUUUUUACUAUUUACUCAUAUUAUUGAGUAGUUUUUGGGCGUAGUUAGAUGGGUUUUAUAAAUGCUACUAUUGUUUGAUAUAUUUAUGUAUUUUUAUAUUAGUAUUGGACGUUUGAAUCUCUUAGCUAUGCCUAAAUGUAGUAAAAUGAUAUUCCUAUAUUGUUGUAUAGAAAUGUAUGGAAACUAGUAUUAUGUUGUUUGUGACGAGAAAUAAUGUGCCUCGUGUGUCCUUAUAGGUAAUAAUUUCUUAAGCCUUAUAUUUACUUAGGGACUUUAUAACAUCCUGUAGCCAGAACUAACGAGCGACAUAUAACAUAGCAGAUAUUUACACUUCUCUAGACGUAAUUGUCUGCUAGUAGUGUUACUUACCUUAAUUUUAAAAAUGUAACAAAUCACAAAUAUCAUUUCGCCAGUAGAGCGAGAUUACAUAAAGUUAAAAUAUAUAAAUGUGGUGCCCGAGGUUGUGAAAGUGCGUUAUUUUUUGUCAUAAAUAUGUUAGUGUACAUGCUCAUUUUGUAAAUAGCGGAAUGGAGAAUUGUAUUGU